AUGCUUAUAUCCCUUCCAAUAUUAUUAUUUUUAUUAAAUAAUAUUUAUUGUAAUCCACCAACAAUUGAUGAAUGUAAAAUUAGGGAUAAUAUAAAUGAUUACCUUCAUAAUUGUUUUUUUUGUUACCAAGAAUUACUUGUUUGCCUUUUCUCUACCGAAUUAAAAUGUGAUAUGGAAAAAAGUUUUACUAAUAGAGAAUAUUAUUUUGAUUAUUCUAAUUGUAAAGAUUUAUAUUCGGGUUGUGCUACAGCUGAGAAAAAUGGAUGUUUAGAUGGUUAUUGUAAAUGUGAAAAGUAA